CCAAAUCGCCGCCCCUCGCCUUUUAUUUAACCAUUCAGUUAACUGUGAGCUUAAAUACACGAAGAAGAGAGAUCGACGUGAUUGAUGCCGUUCCAGCCAUGAAGGACCCACUUCUCAUUCAUCAGCUAGCCCUCUUGUGGCUGCUGCUACUUCUUGAUUCAACGUUAGCCGUGAAGGACUACUACGAUAUUCUCGGCAUGUCCCCCUCUGCCACUGGCCAGCAAAUCAAAAAAGCCUUCCACAGACUUGCCAUGAAGUACCAUCCAGAUAAGAACAGAAGUCCCGGUGCAGAAAGAAAAUUUAGGGAAAUUGCAGAAGCUUAUGAAGUUCUUUCCAACGAAGCCAAGAGACAAGAGUAUGAUGAUCUGGGGCGCCAGGGUUUCGUGCACGUCGAUGGCGAGAUGGAUGUCGACAUGCAGUUCUUCACGUUCGUUUUUAAUGACCUCCACCAGCAUUAUGACUUUGACUCCGAUGGCUUCUACCCUGAGGAGGAAGUCCAACUGAAUUGGGAAUAUCUUGAACAACCUGAGGGUGUGGAGGACGAGGAAUUCCUGGGCGAGUCUUUGGAGGAGGAGGAGGAUGAUCGAGGCUCUUUUUAUGUGUUUGGGAAAGAGUUUGACGACUUGGCAGCAGAGUUUGUUUGA